CAUUCCCAUUGUAAUUGCACUUGGGUUAAGUAGUGUUCUCAUACCAGGAAUAAACCAUUGUAUUAAAAAUUCUCCUGCAUUCUUGACUGGACGCUCUAGAGCUAUCAGGUUUUGUUGUGAAACUAAUUGAUCUAUUUCAGAGACGACGCUGUAUGAAGGUUUGAGGCUUUUGGAGGUUUAAGUGACUCGUCAUCUCAACCCUCAACAUGCCUGAUGAACAGCUGACGAACACUUCUGAGGAGCUGAACCGGCUGUCCUUUCGCAGACAGCAGCUGAUGGACAAACGCAACAUCCUGGCAAUGCUCAUCCAAUUCAAGCGAAACAACGGCCAAAAUGAGCAACAGUAUUCCAGAGAGACCGAAGAACUUAAAGAAAUUGAUGAGCAGCUUAACAUUCUCUCUGAGAAGAAGAUUCAACUGGAGAAUAGGCAAAGAAGUUCAGGAAGGACUCAUAUAAUAGACACAACGGUUUCAACUGAUGUGAUAAUUAUAGAGAGUCCGCCGCCUUAUCCAGCUCCUCGGGUGAUUCUGGAUGUUCAGCAACUACCUCGACACUCAUCUCAGACGCAAUGUCCAGACUGUCACCAGUUUGUAACCACAGACGUAACAACCAAAGCUGGCAGUGCGACCUAUAUUGUGUGUUUAAUUUCCAUUCUUUUUUGUUGUGUAGCUGGUUGCUGUGUAAUCCCUUUCUGCGUGGAUGGAUGCAAAGACGUCGUUCACAAGUGUCCAAAAUGUCGUAGUCACAUAAUAACAUGCAAAAAGCUCUGAGGACUGGAAUUUUUGAAUCCACGUCAUGUGAAAAGUUGCUGGAACGGUUUCAGGCAAUGUCAUCCUGAACGUUUUACAGGGACGAUCCCCAUGGAAUUACCUGGAGUGCCUUUCUUUGAGGAUAAGAUGGCGAUAUGUCAUGGUUCUCUCUUUGAGGGGACUGAGUCAACUUUUCGGUUUGCCUUAAAGCUUACCUCCAGAACUAGAAAUACCAAAAGGAAAAUGUAAGACAACUGAAUCUUCAGGUUGACAUCCGUCUUCUGCUUUGAAUUUUAAGAGCAUUCAAUGGCACGUUUGAAUUUUGGGUUGAAUAUUUGCUAAAGCACUGAACACUUUCAGGUUCUACAGGAAUGCAAAAAAUGGAAUCAAGACGCAAUCAGGGUUUCUGCAGGUCUUAAUUAAAACGUCUGACCAU